CAGAGAUUUAUUUGCGAAGUAAAUAACAUGGCUAAAAAGUUCUAUGGAAAAGCUGGUAAUGAGCUUGCCAAAAAUUUCGAUGAAAAAGAGCAGGAAAAUGAUGAUACUAGCUACAUAAACAAAGACGCCGUGGAAAAUACAAAUCAGAAUACCAUUAACGGCCUCGAGCAAGAAAAAUCCAAAAGAAAGAGGAAGCUCAAGGAGGAAUUGCUAGAGCAGCAUAAGGAAAAGCUUACAAGACAAAAGAAGAAAAGAUUAGACAAGUAUAUUGAACAUCAGCUUAAACGAGAAGAAAAGGAGAUUCUAUUCAAGAAAUUAGAAGAAACAAGGAUAGACACUAGUAUUUUAAGAUCUGCAAAGCUUAUAGGUUCAGGAGAUAGAAAAACCAAGAAAGAGAAGAUUGUUGAGGCUAUGGAGUUGGAAAGAUUGGGAAAGUCUACUGACCAAUCUAGAUCUUUAUUAUAUGAAGAAAGAGAAAUUAAAAGCUGGGAUCAGCUGCUUGAGGACGAUAAGGCUGAAGAACCAUUGAAAGAGGCUGAUCCUGUCAACGGUGAAAAUUUUGCAAGUACUUCCACAGUAAGCUCUGGAUUUAUUGAUUACAGACCUGCAAAGCCAUUCUCGGGAAUGGGAACCGGUUUUGGGUUUGGCAAUAUCGAAAAGAUGAAGAGCAAGAAAAAAAAGAAGGGUUAUACCUGGAGAAAUAAGCUUGCAGAAGAAGAAAACAAAAGACAAUCCUUGGAGGAUGACAAAGAUUUUGUGAGUAGUAGCUCUGACGAAGAAGAGGAAGUAGAGGAUGACGAAGAUGACGAUGAGAAUGAUGAAGCAGAUGAAGCAGAUGAAGCCAGCAUCGAAAUCGACGAUAGCGACGAUAGGGCUGAAGAUGUCGGAGAAGAAGAUGGAGAUGAUGAUGAUGAUGAGGCGGAGGAGGACGAGGAGGAUGGGGAUGACGAUGAUGAUGAUAUUGAAAUCGAAGUCGAUAUAAAGAAAGAACACACAAAGAAGGCCAAAGAUUUCAAAGAUUGGGCUGAAGAACAGGUUCGUAAGAUAGAUGGUCGUGAAUCAUUUGAGGCACCUACUGGACCUCAGAUGAAUUAUGAGGCAAUUGUACGAAAAGAAGAUCUAGAUGAUGGUUUAAAGGAAGACUUCAUACCGAUCAAUGAAAAGUUAGAAAGGAAGAUUUUCACAGUGAAUGUUCAUAGGAGUGCUGAAAUACAAGCUGUCAGAUCCAAAUUACCAGUUUAUGCGGAAGAAAGUAGAAUAAUGGAAGCGAUUCAUCAUAACGAUUGUGUCAUUAUUUGCGGUGAGACUGGUUCGGGAAAAACAACACAAGUUCCGCAGUUUCUUUUUGAAUCUGGUUAUGGUGUUCCGGAAUCAGAUACUCCUGGUCUCAUUGGUGUUACACAGCCUAGAAGGGUUGCAGCCGUUUCUAUGGCAAGCAGGGUCAGUCGUGAAUUGGGUAAUUAUAGUGAUAGGGUUGGCUAUCAGAUCAGGUUUGAUGCAACAGUAAGUGGCAAUACCUCUCUCAAAUUCAUGACAGAUGGUGUUCUAUUGAGGGAGAUGAUGAACGACUUUUUGUUAAUGAAAUAUUCUGCUUUAGUGAUUGAUGAGGCCCAUGAAAGAAACGUUAACACUGACAUUUUGAUUGGUAUGCUAAGUAGAGUUUUGAAGUUAAGGCGAGAGUAUCAUCAGAAGCAACCGGAAAAAUUCUAUCCUUUGAAAUUGAUUAUCAUGAGUGCCACUUUGAGAGUAGGGGAUUUCAGUGAGAACAAAGUACUAUUUGAUAUACCUCCUCCUAUUCUAAAGGUUGAUGCUAGGCAAUAUCCAGUAUCCACCCAUUUCAACAAACGUACUCCAUUUGACUACACCGACGAGGCGUUCAGAAAGGUUUGCAAAAUUCAUAGAAAGUUGCCAAAAGGUGCCAUUUUGGUUUUUAUGACAGGUAAGGCUGAAAUCAUUGCUCUGGUCAAUAAAUUGAAAAAAGAAUUUUCUUUCAAAAAUAAGAAAGUACAUGAAAGCGGCGUUAGCAAAAUAGAAGAUGAACCGGUUGAUGUCAAAGUUGACCCCAACAAUGCGGAUAUUGAAGCUGAGGAAAUUGAUUUCAAUGUUAAUGAAAUCGAAAUUAAAGAAGAUUAUGCCGAGGUAGAAGAAGAGGAAGAUAAGGAAGAGGAAGAGGGGUUUGAGGAAACUUUGGAAGAGGAUCAGACUGAAAACGAUCCGCUAUAUGUGUUACCUUUAUAUUCAUUGUUACCGACCAAGGAGCAGAUGAAAAUUUUUGAAGACCCACCACCGGGAUCUAGAUUGUGUGUUGUUGCGACUAACGUUGCUGAAACUUCCUUGACCAUACCCAACGUUAGGUAUGUUGUUGACUGUGGAAGAGCCAAAGAAAGAAAAUAUGAUGAAGAAACAGGAGUGCAAUCUUUCGAAAUUGACUGGAUCUCAAAGGCUAGUGCUGAUCAGAGAUCUGGUAGAGCUGGUAGAACUGGUCCUGGUCAUUGUUACAGAAUUUAUUCGUCUGCAGUCUAUGAAAGUGAGUUUCCACAAUUUUCAAGACCUGAGAUCCUUAGAAUGCCCGUUGAGGGAGUCGUUUUGAAUAUGAAGAGCAUGGGUAUUCAAACGGUCAUUAACUUUCCAUUUCCUACACCUCCAAAUAGACACAUGCUUCAGAAGGCGGAGCAACUUUUGAAGUAUCUUGGGGCUCUUGAUAAAGAAAAAUUGCAAAUAACCAGUCUUGGCAAAAAGAUGAGCUUGUUUCCUUUGAGUCCCCGUUUUUCAAAAAUUCUUCUGAUUGCAAAUCAACAGGGAUGCUUACCCUACGUUAUUGCACUAGUUUCAGGAAUGUCUGUGGGAGAUCCCUUUUUGACAGAAUAUGAUUUGGGAAUUCAGAUCAACGAAGCUUCUGAGAGCACAAAUGACCCUGGCAUGAAAAAGGAAGGCGAAAAUUUGAAAGAUGAUUACAAGGAAGAUCAAGAUCUUCCUAGUCAAUUUGAAGUGGAAAAAAAGAGAAGGCUACGGCAGAAAUUCAACAAGUCCACGGAGAUGUUCUCCAGACUGGACAAAUACAGCGACAGUCUCAAGCUUUUAUCUGCAAUCUGUGCCAGUGAUCAUAUUCCUCGGAACAAAAGGAGCAAGUUCUACGAAGAACACUUUUUGAGAGAGAAGCAAAUGAGUGAGAUCGGAAAGUUGAGAAAACAGCUGACCUACAUAGUCAAGACCCACACAAUGAAAGAGCGUAUAGCCAUCUCAGCGAAUAUCAGCGAAGAGGAGAUGAAGCUCGCCAAGCCUGCGAAGAAGCAGGUCCAGGCGAUCAAGCAGAUGAUAGCUGCCGGCUUCAUCGACCAGAUUGCCUUCAGACAGGACGUCGUGGACAAAGACUUCAAGCUCACAAACAACAUGAAAAUCAUGAACGUGCCGUACCUGACCCCCGCCUACAUAGCCGAAAACCGUUGCGGUGAAGGCGAUGAUGCAUUCAACAUCUACAUCCACCCUAGCAGCAUCAUCCUGAAAAGUGGCAAGGCUCCACAGUAUCUCGUGUAUUCCCAUCUGCAGAAGAGUGCCAGCGCCAAGACCAACAAGGUUAGAAUGCUUCCUCUCAACGACAUUGGUUCCGCGGCACUAGUCAACGUUGGCAAGUCUACAGGUCUCAUCACAUUCUCUAAGCCACUUGGCAAGCCUGUCUCAGCCAUCAACUCCGAAGGUAUCGAAACCCGAGAGUGCCAUGUUGUCCCAAGAUAUGGGGCUCAGCUCUCCCAUAACGGUGGCGGUGUCGAUCUUGCGCCACAGAGUGUGGCGCAGCAGAAAGUGUGUGGCGCAUGGGAAACUAUCUGAUUUUCCUGCUUUUUUUUGGCAUUCCUCGUCGCCUGUGAAGGAGUUUCUUGUAUAUUAAAGCUAUAUGAAUGUGUACGUCUAAAAUCAUUGCAUGGGUUACACGCUGAGCG